AUGAAUGGUUCAAUCACAGCGGAUAAACAAUUCUCAGAGCAUCUUCUGGAAUGGACUCAAUGGAUUUUGGAUAUUAAUCGUGCUGAACUUCUUCAGAACUAUAUGAAUACCGUCCAGCGGGAGUUUAAACUAUCUCGACAACGUCUAUUCUUCCUCUCAACACAAUUGAAUCCUCGCAUUAUCCGACAAACUGGAGAGAUUCUCAAUUCCACUACCACAAUGCUGUCCACACCGCAAUCCACAGAUUCCCCAUUAUCAGUGGUGUUAAGAUCUUCCACAGCCAUGAGAGCAGACACUAAGGCAGCUCAACGGCGGCGUAUUUCACCUAGCAGAUCUACAAGCUCCAACAGUCUUUUGUAUGAUAGGAAUUAUUAUAUAAAGAACGUUAUCCGCCGAUCUCCUAAGAGGCCUAUACAUUCUCCACGUUACACACAUCAACAUAAUAAUAAUAAUAAUAAUCACACUGAGGAGAGUAAUGGUUACAGUUCUACGAAUAGCAGUGGUGGUAUGCAGAAUGGCUUCUCUCAUCGGAGCAAUGACUUUCAUCAGUAUAAACAGUAUUAUGCCUAUAGACAACAUCAUCAUCAUCAUCAUCAUCAUCAUCAAUAUCACCAUAAUCAUCAUCAUCAUAAUAAUCAUAAUAAUAAUAAUAAUCAUCAUCAUCAUCAGCAGCAGCAAUUUAUUUCUCUAUCUGACAGUAACGGUCUCAGCAAGAAUCAUAGAAAGGGCAGUACAAGACGUAAUGGUGGAUCUCAACAUUCAUUGGAUCGAUACUCAUCCACACGGGGAUCACUCUUAUCACGAACCAUUGAUUACAGUUCAUUAUCCCAAUGUAUGCGAAAAGAACAAUCUCAACAACAUCGAGUGGAAGUUUAUCAAAGAAGAGCCAAGACACCACCUGCAAGACGAAUAGGAGGUCUUGGAUCACGUUUAACAACGCCAUCACCUGUGAGGAGGUAUUCUCCAUUAGUUCAAUCAAGAAGAUGGGAUGGUAAUCAUUUGAUAGAUCCAAUGGAGUGUAAUCCACUUAACGGUAAUGUAUCUGAAAAUGGAAGUCUUCAAAAACUUUAUUACCAUAAACAACAUCCGAGUAUUAUUUCUGGAACUUGCUCUUCUGCCCGAAGUGCUAGACAUUUCUCUUCUUCCUCUCGCCGAAGAGCUUAUGGAUCCUCCUUGUUAAGUGGUCCCCCUUCUGGUCGUUAUUAUGCAGAUCAUAGUUCUGUUGAAGGCCCCUUAUCUUCCUCUUUGCAUUUCAGUGGUAUGCGUGCGUUUUCAUCUGCCGGAUCAUCACCAUUGUGUGUGAGGGAAAACCGCAGUACACUCACUGGCAUUUAUGAAUGGCCUAUUGGUAUGUUGACUUGCUCUAUUUUGGGCCGAUGUGCCCAUAGAUUUUUCUCAUCAGCACGUAAAUUAAUUUCACCUCGUUCAGAAGAACUGUUAAGCCCAUGUGAUUAUGUUAACAAUCACUUGACGACCUUUAGGGUGAAUAUCGUAUUAACGUGUGUGGAGUUACGAAAGCGACGUCCGUCUUUUCCGCAUUUAAAACCACAGACCCCUUUACCAACAUCAAGAGAAAGUAAAACAGAAACUGAAACAGAGAAAGACUCCGACACAGCCACACGGGCAUCGGGAGAUGAUGACACGGUUGCCCCUAAAGAAGGAGAAACAGAUAAUAAUAAUGAUAAUAAUAAUAAUAAUAAUAAUAAUAAUAAUAAUAAUAAUAAUAAUAAUAAUAAUAAUAAUAAUAAGGAUAAUAAUAAGGGUAAUAAGAAGAAGAAAAAGGAGGAAGUUACCAUUCAAUUAAAUGAUGUUCUUCUGGAGUGUGAUGGUAAAGGACUGGCGGGAAUUAAAUCAUUUCAGGAGGCGAUAAAGGAGGCACUGACGUCAGGGGCGAAUAGUGUGAUGUUAAGAGUAUUGCGGGACAGCGAGAGUUUUUUGAUCCGUGAGUUGCUGGACUAG